CCGGCCUUGGGGGGGAUGGUUCCAUCAUGGCGUCAAUGCAGAAACGACUACAGAAAGAACUGUUGGCUUUGCAAAAUGACCCACCUCCCGGAAUGACUUUAAAUGAAAAGAGUGUUCAGAAUUCAAUUACACAGUGGAUUGUAGACAUGGAAGGUGCACCAGGUACCUUAUAUGAAGGGGAAAAAUUUCAACUUCUAUUUAAGUUUAGUAGUCGAUAUCCUUUUGACUCUCCUCAGGUCAUGUUUACUGGUGAAAAUAUUCCCGUUCAUCCUCAUGUUUAUAGCAAUGGUCAUAUCUGUUUAUCCAUUCUAACAGAAGACUGGUCCCCAGCGCUCUCAGUCCAAUCAGUUUGUCUUAGCAUUAUUAGCAUGCUUUCCAGCUGCAAAGAAAAGAGACGACCACCAGAUAACUCUUUUUAUGUUCGAACAUGUAACAAGAAUCCAAAGAAAACAAAAUGGUGGUAUCAUGAUGAUACUUGUUGAUGCCACUGUUAUCAUCCUCCUAGCAGAAGAUAGUCCUACUGAGAAAAUGAGCACUUUGAUCAUUCAGUCUUUGAACUUUAACCUUUGACUGGAAGUGACCUAUAGGCAAUGAAGACUACUUCCUUUUACUGCAUUUUUACUCGUGUGCAUUCUGGGCGCAUGUUGAUCGCUGGUGCAGUCCAGGCAACUGACAUGCUUUUAUUAGUCAUACAGUAUUAAUGCAGGUGUCAGGAAAUGUCAAAUAUAAUUCCAUUUUUUAUUUUUAUUUUUUUAAGCUUUUGGAAAAGUUCCAGGUCCUCAUGUAUUGUGCAAUAACAAUGACUUCCUUGGCGGUUUUGGGACGUUCGUUGCCGGCAAUGAACGUUGUAACAGGAAAAAUUUUCAUUAACUCCUGCCACCCAAUGAUUAAUGCAUGAUAGGGCCUAUGAAAUGAACUUAUCAGUUAGAGUGGGAUUAUAAAUAAAGUGAGGGAUCCAGCAUUACUUCGAAAGUUACCCCAACUGCUUAUCUUUGGAUUCUAUGCACUGUGAACCUAAGGUUAACCGCAUGAAUUAACAUGCGUCUUUAAAGGACUGUAGUGAAAGAUCAUUGCAUAUUUAUUGAAUUGUUUAUAUCUGCUGUCAGAUUGUUUUGACGUGGAUGGUUUUCAAGUAACAUUGGCAGAGAGGUACAAUAUGUUAUCCCUAUGGUGAAAAUAAAUUCAUUUGUUGUAUAUAGUUCCUCAAUCUUUGAAGUAAAGGUAUGAGUAAUAUAGGGUAUGAAUGGUUUAAUCAAGGCUUUAUUUUGGAAGUAACAAAGAUGGCAGUGAUGACUAAACUGCUGCAGUCCAUAACUUGGGCUUGUUAUUUGUACAUUAAUGAUUUUUUCCAAAUAGAUUACACUCUGUUACUUCCUGCUAGCCAUCAGCAUGAGCCCUACUGCCUAAACACUAUUUCAUUUAUUUAUGUUUGGAAAAUCCAUAAACAUUUUCGUUUGCAAUUUUGUUUCUUUUGUUAUGUUUUAAGUCAAGUUUGAAUGUUACAAUACUUUAAUUGAAAAACUUUUGUCAAGUUUUUUCUUGUAAAUUUUCUUUACUUGUAAGUAUCAUCUUGUCCUUCAAUCCUGUACCCUAAAAUAAGAAAUACAUUUUUGACAGAGGCUUAAUGUUUUAACAAAAGAGUGUGGACAUUUUUAUUUUAAAAUUAGGCAAAAGUACACUAUAGAGUGAUGUUUGCUUAUUUGUCUCACACAACCAUACAGUUUUUUUCUGGAGGGAUUUGUUUUGUUUUGUUGUUAUUUAAGACUUUGCUUACAGCUAGAUAACGUUUUUCUGUAGGAAAAAAAAGUUGUUUGAAAGGUCCAGCUCUCAGUACCAUGUAAGUUAAUGCUACUACAACUAGGUUCUCUUUUUAAAAAACAGUUAAUGUAUUUUAUAAAUUACCUUUUCACAUAUGCAAAAUCUGUUUCUACUACAAUGUUAUUUUUUACUAAUGCCUAUUGUUGCCCUCUUUUUGACGUAUCCUACAGUGAAUACAUGAAUCAAUUUGGGCUUAAAAAUUAAAAUCAGUUGGCUAGAAGGUUUGGAAUAUGUACCCCAGCAAAACCAUCCAAUCAAUAAUUGGCAAAGAAUAUUUUAAAAAUUAUUUUUCAUCUCUGUAUAGUUGACAUUUUGUAGCUUUGUACAUGUUGUUAAUCAAGGGCGUGUAAUUUUACACUCUAAAAGUACAAUUGUUGAACUCAGGGGUGGGUAGACUUCUAAAAUAUGUCUGCUGUAGAAAUAACUUGAAAAAAACAUUUUAAACUAUGGCCAGCCACCAAAUCGUGGACACUGUUUAUACUGCUAGUUAGCAACUACCACUGUUUAAAAUUUAAAAUUUAAAACAUUUUUGUUCUAUUUUGACUAGAUACAUGUAAGUUCUCACAGUAGUCUUUAUCAGUCUUAUUAGUUGGCCGAUUUAACCAAGACAAAAAAAUGUUUUUUGGAAUGCUUUGAACUACUCUUAGUUUUAACUGCUUUUUAAUAUGAAAAUUGCAGCUGUAAAUUAUGUAUUUUUCAUAUUUUACAUAACUGCUCUAAACUACUGAUUCACCUGAUCAUUUUCCGGGGUGGGAUGGGGGAUCUCUCUCCAUACUGCUGGUCCUCUUACUAAAAUCCUUUUAUAAAGAAAUGACCUGUGACAUUUAUUCACCAAAGGAAUCAAUAUACCAGGUCAAAGAUUAACAAUGCUGUCGUAUAGAUUAAUAGGUCAUAUGUAGCCUCAAUUGAGUUUUUUAAUACAAAUAAUAGUAUUUUUAACAUACCUCUCUCUCUACAUAGAGAUACCAUACAAUAAAUUAAAAUGACACAGAGGAAAGUAAAGGAAAACCAAAUAAUUUUGGUACAUUUUAGGGUUUAAGGAGAAGAUAGGAUGAAAUAUCCUAAAAUAUAGACGCACCAACCAUUCAAAAUUUGCAGUCUGAUAACACCUUAUGCGUUACUUCCUUGAACUUAGAAAUCAUUGAAAACGCCUGUGCACUUAGAUUUAAUUAAGUUAAUUUUAAAUGUAAGCUACAUUAUUAAAAGACAUAAGAUGUUUACCUGAGUCAUUGCUCAAGAGAGGGCAAUUUACCGGCUUUGUAAUAAUAAAAGAAUAUUUCUCUGUAAUGUGUUGUGACAACCAGAAUAAUCAAGAAAGUGUACAUAGGAACAUGCUGUUUCCCUCUUCCCUGCCUUCCCUCUGCGAGGCGCUGUCUGCUGCAUAGGUCUACAGAAUUAUGCCUUCACAUUUAGGACAAUAUGUACUCUCUUCUUGUUUAUUUAUUUAUUUAUUUAUUUUAAGGCCAUUCUUCUGGUUUGCCAAAUUCUGUUAAGGCAGUGAUACAUUCAAUUCCUUAUUUUGCAUGCUUAGAUCAUGAACUUGGUGCCCUUUAAAAAAAAAAAAAAAAAACUAUGUCAAGUAGGUAAUUAAUACCAUAGAUUUUAAAGAGAGAAAUGGUUUUCAGUUUUUUAAGAUAAAUUUUUAAAAAUAAAUUUUAUGGCUCUUCUCUUAAGGAAUUUAAUAUUCAUCUCUAAAGAAUUUACUUGUAAUGUACAAAUUCCUCCUUUUUAGCUCCCAGGGAAAUAAGGCUUUUUAUUAAUCCCUGGAAGAAAAUGCUAAAAAAUAGCUUUUAUAUACAGUUCAUCUGGAGAACGAUCUUAAUCCUUAUUGUUUUGACUAGGUACAUAAAUAUUUGGUAUAAAGUAACUAGAAUAGUUUACUACUUUUUCCCCUCUGAAAUUUUAACUAUAUACAAAAAAUAUAUAUCAUUAGAUUCCUGUGGUGGAUAGUAAUUUCUUCAGAUUCUAAAACAGGUAUCUAGUGACUGCUUAAUCGUUCCCAGAUUGCAUCAAAGAGGAAUUGAAAUGAGUAAUGAUAUGAAAAUGGUAUGUAACCACAUAUUACUUGUUUCUGGUAGUCAAGUCUUAUUUUUUAAAAAGCCUAUUGUUUUUGAGAAUUGAGAUAUUUAAAACUUGUUAAAGCUUCUUCCUAAAAAUAGAAGAGGAGGUACUGUGUGUUUAAAAAAAUUUUUUUUUAAAUAAAGAAUUCGGUGUCACUAGUUCUAAGCCUUUAUGGUUACUGCUGCUUAUAUUUCUCGAUCUCACUUUUAUUUAGUUUUUUGUACAUAUUUUAGCUGAAUUCAUAAGAUUUGUAAUUGUGUGUAUAAGUUUAUUUUCAAAAAGAGCUGAGGCUUGACCGUAUGAUUCUUUUCUGAGGAUUCAUUGUUAUCAAAACCGGCUACUGCACUAUUCUGUUCUGCUGAUACCUUUGCAUGAUUAAGAUCUGUGAAGAUGGUAUCUUUUCAUCUGCACCUCCUGGCCCUAAUCCUCUUUGCAGUCUCUGUUUAUUCCUCCUUUAUUUUCCUUCCUUCCUGUAUCCUCACAGAUAUCAAUGGAUCAGUCUUCAAUGUCCCUCUGACCUCUCAGUUUUUCUCCCCUCUUCCCUCCCUUCCUUCUUUCCUUCCUUCCCUUUCCUCUCCCUUUCCCUUUCUUGAGGUUAGGAAAUCCAGAGAAGGAGGAUUAUUAAAAGUAUAUCAGGAAAGAUUUUAAUAAAAAGACCCCAUCCUACAAAUAAUUUCCAAUAACCUAAUUUUAGUCCAUCAGUAGAUGGCUAAACUUGUUGAAUAAUUGACUACUUGAUAAAUAAGCUGUUGUUAGCCAUAAUUUAGUUCUUAAAUACUGAUAUUGAAGGAAUUUUGUUUACUUUUUGGCUGUGACUCUCUCAAAGCCUAAUUAUUGCCCAAAUGAAUUAAAUUAUUUAUUUUGGUGAAAGUGUUUUUCCAUUUAGGUUUCUAAACCAUUUUGAGAUUUGGAACUAUUUUUUAAAAGUGAUAAUUUGUGGGAGACUUUUACUUUCUCAAGUGUGAAUUAAAGACAGACUUAUAUACACCAUUAUUGUUAGAGGCCCAUGGAAUCUAAACAUGUACUUCAAAUUCAGAUCUCUGUCCUUCAAGUUGAAGUUCUGGUUCUGACUAUGGUCCUGAUAAUUGAGGCGUUUAUUGUGACUUUAAUUCUCAAAUGUCAGUGUUGGGGCUUAUAUUUGGGGAUGAAUCUCCAAAAUUAUUACAUGAAUAUCUUUUUUAUGAAAAUCUUUUUGUUAAUAAAACAAUGUGAUAUCUGAAGCCAUUUUGAACACGUGGAAGAAAUGUCUGAGUAGAAGCCAGUAUGUCUUCACAUAUGGGAGGAACUUGAGUUUUGCAAGUUGAGUGCAGUGAUUGGGAAAGGAGAAACGGUUCUUGUUGUAUUUCUUGGCACAUACACCAUCAGGGUUUUGAGAAAAGUUUGCCUCUACAAUAAUUCUCAGAGCUGUUUUAUUAAAGGCAAAAGCAUGGUUUCAAAACUCACCAGCUUUGGCUUGUUAGGUCUGACUUCACUGUCGGAUUUCCUGGCACAUCAAAUGAUUGAAUAAUCCUGCCUAAUUAAAAACCUGAAACAAUGAAUAAAGAAUUUGGUAGAUUGUGUCAGAUACCCUGGAAAUGCAAGUCUCUUCAUAGCUAACCGCAGAUUGUUUACAUAAUGCAAAUUGAUUGUCCAGCUCAAGGAACAUAGUUAUUUUAAGAAUAGAUUAUUAGGUCAGUUAUCUAGUAGCCAAGAAUUAGGUGCAUGUUCAAGUCAUAAUGGAUUUGUUAUUUUUAGUUGGUAUCAUUUUUCUCUCAAUAUUCAGAAAUACAGGUUGUGCAUUUUGUUAAUCAGAAUGGAAGCUCAUGCUUGAAAAUUUGCAUAGGGUGGAUGUAUAUAUUUUAUAAAAUCGAGUUGUAAAAUAUGUAAAGCUACUGCUUUUUAAGUAGAAUAUAACUGUUGACAGAUAAAUCUAUAUAUUAUAUAUUUUUAAACACCUGUAUCAAACUUUUGUUAGUUGAAUAUAAACUACAUUGUGUGCUUUAUGGAAUUGAGUAACUUUUAAUAAUAAAGCAGUUGUCAUUGA